AUGUGCAUAAGCUACAUAGUGGUGAAAUUUAUAAUUUCAUUCAAGGGACAAGAACCAUUUGGCUUAUCACCGAAUGAUAAUUUGUCGCACAGUGUAUUACUAUAUGUCAGUCAUUCGAAUCAAACAGUUAACUUCAAUCAAGCACGUUAUAUAUCAUCACAAAUGGGGAAGCAUGAAAACAAAAUUACACUCGGUUUUACUGAAAAAGAUCUUGAAAAACUAUAUCAAGCAAAACCUAUUCCAAGUCGUGUCAACUACACAAUCACCUAUCGAAUGGAUUCAACUAUUUAUUUUCCGUAUCUCAAUUAUGUCCCAUUAGAUGCUAGUCAUGGUCCAGAUACAAAAUAUAAACUUCCUUCUCGUAACUAUGCCACCGGUAAAUCUAAAAUGGCAGCAUGGUUUGUAAGCAACUGUAAAGCUUCAAGUCCGAGACAAAUUUAUGUCAAAGAAUUAUCUCGUUAUAUUGAGGUUGAUAUUUAUGGUGCUUGUGGCACUAUGAAUUGCCCUAGGAAAUCCGAAGCUGAAUGUUUUGCUCUACUCGAAAGUCAGUAUAAAUUCUACUUGAGUUUUGAAAACAGCUUAUGUCCUGAUUAUAUUACGGAAAAGUUUUUCAUCAACGCAUUGAGUCACAAUGUAAUUCCAGUUGUCAUGGGUGCAUCGAUCGAAGAAUACAAGCGUGUUGCUCCUUCUCAUUCGUUUAUUCAUGUGGAUCAGUUUCAAUCGCCAGCGGAACUUGCUAAUUAUUUGAAGUAUCUGGACAGAAAUGAAACCGCAUACAAUGAAUACUUCGCAUGGCGUGAUCAUGGAAUUAUAAAUGCUUGGACGCCAAAGCCCCAGUGCGUUAUAUGCUUAUUAGCCCACAUUGCUGAUAAACUGGAACCAUAUACAUUCCCGAAUGUUUCAAAAUGGUGGAAUGAUGCUUGUAUUGGCCGUAAAGUGCGCCGGCACCCGUUCAUUUAA